AUGGCGUCAGAAGAUUCAAAAGGGGUCGAGAAAGCGGCUCCCUAUGAUUUGAGCGGGGUAAGUGAGUCUUGGGAUGACACUGCCUUGGUGAGGCAAAGGCUUCGUGAAGGAAACCGGGUUCUCAUGCAUUGGGAUGGUUUGUUGCACAAGGAAGUCAAUGAGUAUGUCGAGCGCACCAACUCCAAUGUGAAGCUCAACCGAGAGAUCCUCACCCCGCUGCUGAAGUUGAUGAGCCAAAAUGACCAGCUACUUCCCCAAAUAGACAGGGUGAUGGAGCAAAUGGGGCUGCUCUACCAGAAAGCCAAGGUAAGCGUGAGCCAGGAAACCAUCUACCAAGAAAGCUGGGCGAUACGCAGGCUUCUCACAACAGCGAAGUCUUGGCAAUACAAAGACCAUCCUCCCAAGGACUCAGAGCUCCGCCACAUGCUGGCGGACCUUGGAGUCAACUGGGAGGUGCAAUGGCCAGCUUUUGCCAACACACAGGCUGAUGCGAACCAGGGGAACAACUUGCAGGACCAGAGUGAGCAAGAUGCACAGGACACACCUGGCGCACUUCCGUUGCCUGACAGCAACAGCCAAGAAGCCCAAAGCACCAGCAGCAAUGUGACUGCCAGUCACGGUCAGCCAGCUGUUGAUUUGCAGCAAGAAAGCCAAGAGAAGCUUCCCACCACUCAAGAUGAACUUGUUUCGGGUGAGCAACCAGCACCGGUUGCAAAAGAGGCAGCCGUGGCGACCGAAUCCAAACCAGAGCAGGCAGCCAGCCCAGCAAACAGCGCAUCCUUGACUGCUGACACCACGUCCACGCCCAUGGACAAGCGCGACACCACGCAACCUUCUGUCGGCGUGCCAGCUUCUAACCAGGACGCACUGCAGGUGGUUGCAGUUUCUUCUGAUGAAGAGGAUGAGUCUCGGGAGUCAUUGCUAGGGAGAUUGACGGGGGCGCUAUCGCAGCUCUCUUUGUGCAUGGAGCCCCAGGACGAUUUGAAGCCCCAGCCGCUCAAGGAGACGGAGCCGGCGCCGCUGGGUCCCCCUACGUCCAUCAGCGAGAAGCAGCUUUCAGCGCCUGCGUCAUCAGGAGGCGACAAUGACGAGACGCAACAGGUCAUCUCUCCCGGCAAGCUCCUAUCAACAGACCUAGCCCAGAAUGUGAUCCUUAAAGAGCAGCAGGUCCAGGACCCGUUUCCAGAUGUUCCUGAUCACCCAGCGCUCACGCGGCGCCAACAGUUCGCUCUGAAGUCGACAAAGCGGGCAGGGAAGGAAAAAGCAAAAUUGGAGAGACAGGAAGCCAAAGAAACGAAGCGAGGCAGGCAAAAAGAAGACCCCGCAUGCGCAGCUCAAGCCAGCUCAGGCAAAAGGGGCAGGGCCAAAAAGGCGUCAGACCAGGGGACGCAGGACAAGGGCAACGGCCGCCAGCAGAAGCGCCCUCGCACAGGCACACCUGACCCAGCAGAACAGAAACGCACCAAGAACAAAGGGACAUCCAAGCGCCGCCGCAGCAAGACGAGGGCUGUUGCAACUAGCGCCUCCAGGCAGCACUUGUCCCGACGGCUUCGCAGAUCCAUGCGGUUUGCCAAAGGGCUCAAGUUGGCCAGAGCCAAAUUGGCCAAAGCCAAGUUGGCCAAGACCAAAGCUGCCCAACCACUCCGCAGCAGCACGGCAGCCCACAGAUCUUCAAGCUCUGGGAGCGGCCCAAAGCAUCCAAUGGUCACUGCGGAUGAGGAUGAGCAGCUUCCAAACCAGGCCCCAAAGAAGGCGCGCGCCAACCGGAAAGUCAAGCAGGAAGGCAAAGGCGGGAACACAGGCAAGUGCCCUGAGGCAGUGCAGCAAAAGCCUAAGAACAGCAGGAAGAGGAACACUCCAAAGCCACAGCCGGACAGCAGCCUCACACUCCUGGCAAAGGAAACCCUGGAGAAGUGCAACCGACAAAACGGGACCGGUAACUGUGAAGGCUGUGAACCUGCUGCGCUUGCUGAUUGCUACCAGUGGUCUAUCUACUGGACGCGCCAGGCCGUGGGUGUCAAGGUGAGAACCGACUUGCUCGGGAAGGCAAAGUACAAGCAAAGCAAGAAAAAUGGCAAGAAGCUUUUGUUCAAGCAGGUGGCCUACUUUGCCGGUGGACCCUGCACAUGCGUCAACAUUGCCCUCGCUGAAAAGUGGGUCGACGUCCUGAAGACCCACGGCGAGCAUCCGGAGCCUGGCAAGCUGAAGGAGCUGUGCAAAAUCAUCAAAGCCUCUCGAACCGCUGCUUUGUCUGAGCUAGGCAUCCCUCAGAAAGCCAAAAAGCCUUGA